UUCGAUUCUGCAUGUUUUACUCUCAAGCUCGAACAGUUCGUCGCUCUUGCCGUUUUCCAGGCCGGUGAUGCUUUGAUACAGUUAUAUAACAAUUUCAUCACAGACUUUGAGACCAAAAUCAACCUUCUCAAACUUGCCCAUUUUGCUGUGAUGGUUUCUCGACAGUAUUCUGAGAAAGAAGCUGCUGUUGCUUAUCUUGAAGGGGUCAUUGAGAAACUGCAAGCAACUAGAGAGCAGCGCAUUGAAGAGCCUAUUCUAUACAUCAAGAUGCAAAUUGCCUUAUUUAAGCUUGAGCAAGGUGACCAAAAGGAAUGCAAGAAUCUUCUGGAAAAUGGAAAGAGUACACUUGACAGCAUGACAGAUAUUGAUCCAACUGUUUAUGCGAGCUAUUACUGGGUAUCUUCUCAAUAUCACAAAUCCCGUCAAGAAUUUGCUGAGUUCUACAAGAAUGCUCUUCUCUAUUUAGCGUACACAUCAGUGGAGUCUCUCUCUGAUUCAUUCAAGCUGGUAUGUUGUUGAACUGUGAAAUGUUUU